AUGAACGGCCAUGCAUCCACCGUGCCCCCCCGGCUAUACAGCGCGUCCUCCGUAAACCUGGAAGAAUUCAAGCACCUCUGCUCACGCACCACCGACCCAACCACUUACCCUCUCUGCGACACCAUCUCACACAACGUCCCCAUCUACGACAUUCCAACCCUAGAACAAACCCAAACCCCCUCCAACAACCUAACCGCCCUCCAAGAUGAAUGGCACCACAUCCUCCAUUCGGGACCAGGCGUAUUCGUCCUACGCAAAAUGUAUGACCCAGCCAAAUACUCCUCCGUGCUAUCCGCCACAAACGCAGCGUACGACUCCAUAAUUGCAAUCGAGAAAUCCUCUGCCGCCUUCUCCUCGAAAGGCGACCACUUCGCCUCAGGCGGCACCAACGACCGCAUCUGGAGCGCCUUCUCCAAGCACGCGCUCACAGACCCCGAAAGCUUCGUAUCCUACUACUCCAACCCAUGGCUUGCGGCCGUCAGCACCGCCUGGCUCGGUCCAGGCUACAAAAUCACCGCGCAAGUAAACGCCGUGCACCCAGGCGGCGCAGCCCAGUCACCACACCGGGAUUACCACCUCGGCUUCGCGGAAGAAGACAAAUGCGUCCAUUACCCGAUGGCAUUGCAGCUUGCAUCCCAGUUCCUGACUCUGCAGGGCGCAGUCGCGCACAGCGAUAUGCCAGUUGAGUCCGGACCAACCCGAUACCUGCCUUUCAGCCAGUGUUAUGCGCCGGGAUACCUCGCGUGGCGGCGGGACGAGUUCAAGUCCUUUUUCCAGGAGAAUUAUAUCUCUCUCCCGCUGUCAUUGGGCGAUGGGGUUUUCUUUAACCCUGCGCUCUUCCACGCUGCAGGCGCGAAUGUUAUGGAUCCCGCAAACGGCGGGUUCAGACGCGUUGCGAAUCUCUUGCAGAUCAGUGCCGCGAUGGGGAAGACGAUGGAGAGCGUUGAAACGCUGCCGCUACUUGAGUCUGUUUGGGAGUUGUUGGUGAGCAAGUAUAAGAAUGAGGCGGGGGGCGUGAUUGCAGGUCCCGAUAUGGAUCCGGUCCGCUGGAGUUUACCCGCGAGGGAGGUCAGGGCUCUCGUGCAGGCUAUUGUGGAGGCGUAUCCGUUUCCGACGAAUUUAGAUAAGCGUCCGCCGGCGCCCAGUGGGAUGGCGCCUGAGAGUGAGUUGGAUAUUGUGGUAAGGGGGUUGGAAGAGGGAUGGGGGAGAGAGAAGGUUGUGCAGGAGAUUGGGCAGUUGCAGAGAGAUUCGAGGGCCUGA